AUGUGUGACUGGAUCCAGAGGGAGUUCCACUGCGGCCACUUCCGCUGGAUCGUGUCGAGAUGGUGCCCGGAAUAUCUUAGGACACAGUUGAGGUGCCCUCUGAGUGUCAGUCAUUAUGAGUACAGGGGUGACGAACAGUGUAGCCACUGCAAACCCCGACAGACUCAGCCUUGGGAGAAGAUGAUCCGCCGUAACAACCAGACCAUCGGCCUCUAG